CCACUGCCCCAGCUGCUGCGGGCUGCCCGGGCUGGGAGGAGGAAGAGGAAGAAGAGGAGGAGGAGGAGGCAGAGAUGGAGAGCAGCAUGAAGCAGGUGGCAGUCGAGGAGCCGCUGGACGCCGACAAGGGCUGCUGCGGUUCCUGCUGCCUGCCCUGCGCCCUUUGCUGCCCCAAAUGCUCGCGCUGCUGCCGCCCCGGCUGCUGCAGCCUCAAGGGCUGCCUGUGCUUCGUGCCUCGCCUGCUCUGCUACCUGCCCCGCAAGCUGCUCAGCAGCUGCCACCACCUCAAGUGCCUCCUCAUCGUGGUGGUGGUGGUGGUCCUGCUGGUGGUCAUCAUCGCCGGCGCCCUGCUGAUGUGGCUGCAGGUGGAGCGGGGCCACCCCGACGCCGUCCUGCGGUUGGGCGCGGGGAGGGCGUGGGAAGAGGACGCGGCCACUUUCUACGUGGAUGGCGGAGCUGGAAACCCGGCCACGGUGGUCUACGACUACAAAAACCUGCUGGUGAGCUACAGGUCGCGGCUGCACCACGCCUGCUACGUCACCCGCAUGGACAAGGACAACAUCCCGGGGCUGGAUGCGGCCACCCAGGCUUUCCAGCGCCGGCAGGCUGAGCAGAGGCUGGCCAUGCCCCUGGACGACCGCUCCCUGCUGGGCACCACGGCGAGCAUCCUCUGCAGCAUCGUCCCCGUUUACUGGAUUUAGGGCAGGCUGGCCCCGACGGCCACGGCGUCACCUCCAGCCCUCCUCCUGCACAGCACCGGGACGGGAGCAUCGCCAGCAGCACCCCCCCUGCCAGCCCCCACAUCCCAGGGGGCUGCAAAAUUUGGGGAGGGGGCUGGUGGCAGGGGGGCCGGGGGUGUCUGCUGGGGCGAGCGCCUCACGCCGCCUGCGCCUGUGACACGUCUGGUUUGUCACUUUGUCUUCUCAGCUUCUCCGAGCCCAAGUGCCAAAAUGAGCUUAAAAAAACCCAAAAACAUUUAAAACCCCCAAAA